UGUGCUCGCCGCCUGUCGCCAAUAUUAUAUAUAUACACAAACGUAUAUAUAAUAUACAGACACAUACAGCCUGUGGCCUCGCCAGCUCGCUCGACAGCCGGACAGCGGCCACCCUGCACCGGCGCAAGGCCGAGGCCAUGCGAGCCCGCUGACGGGAGAGAAGAGGACAGGACAGGACGAGGACUGACUCGGGGACGUGGAGAGGCCGGGGCGGCGGUGACCAGAUCGGUUUUGUAAUUGUGUGCGUGGACAUUUUAUAUACCAGGCAAAAUGAGUGAACUGGAACAGUUGCGGCAAGAAGCGGAGCAACUGAGGAAUCAAAUCCGGGAUGCAAGGAAAGCUUGUGGUGAUUCUACUCUGGCCCAGAUCACGGCCGGUCUAGAUUCAGUGGGUCGAAUCCAAAUGCGUACAAGGCGCACGCUGAGGGGGCAUUUGGCCAAAAUCUACGCCAUGCAUUGGGGAACAGACUCCAGACUAUUAGUAAGUGCAUCACAAGAUGGAAAAUUAAUCAUCUGGGAUAGUUAUACAACGAACAAAAUGCAUGCUAUCCCAUUGCGAUCAUCCUGGGUUAUGACCUGUGCCUACGCUCCAUCGGGCAAUUAUGUUGCCUGUGGUGGGCUGGACAACAUCUGCUCGAUAUACAGCCUGAAGACUAGAGAGGGGAAUGUUCGAGUAAGCAGGGAGCUGCCGGGACAUACAGGUUAUUUAUCAUGUUGUCGUUUUCUGGAUGACAACCAGAUUAUUACAAGUUCAGGAGAUACAAAUUGUGUGUUAUGGGACAUUGAGACGGGACAUCAAACGGCAACAUUUGCGGGCCACACUGGGGACGUGAUGAGCCUCACCCUCAGUCCCGACAUGAAGAUAUUUGUCUCCGGCGCCUGCGAUGCUUCUGCCAAACUGUGGGAUAUUCGAGACGGGAUGUGUCGGCAGUCCUUCACGGGGCACGUGUCUGAUAUCAAUGCAGUGUGUUUUUUUCCCAAUGGCAAUGCGUUUGCCACUGGCUCGGACGACGCGACGUGCCGGCUGUUUGACCUGCGGGCCGAUCAGGAGCUGAUGAUGUACUCUCACGACAACAUCAUCUGCGGGAUUACCUCCGUCGCCUUUUCCAAGAGCGGCCGCCUUCUGCUUGCCGGCUACGAUGACUUCAACUGCAACGUGUGGGACUCUCUAAAGGGAGAUCGCGCAGGCGUUCUGGCCGGCCAUGACAACCGCGUCAGCUGUCUGGGCAUCACGGACGACGGAAUGGCGGUAGCAACCGGCUCUUGGGAUAGCUUCCUGAAAAUCUGGAACUGAGGUAGCGACGUGAAUAUUGUCCACAGGACUGCCCGGGCUGACACCCACAGCAAUCAAACAACAUCCUUCUUAUCAAGUAUUUGCAGGUGACAGUUGUCUGUCUCUCACUGAAUACAAUUGUAUAACACCAGGCUUGUGUAAAAUGGGCUCAUCUAAUGAAGAGGAAACAUCGCUGACAGCUGCUAACUGUAAAAGGCUGGUACAAUAUCACGGUGACUAGGAAAAUAUUUCAAACUAACCAUUGUUUAGUUUUAAUGACUGCAUUGUUUGGAGGGGUUUUUUUUUGUUGCUAAUCUGCCAAUCUGUUUUGUACAGAAUGUACACAUUACAGCAGCGAAUCGUGUAAUUUGUCUAUGUAAAAAAAAAAAAAAAAAUCAAAUUUUUAAAGCUACAUUUCUUGCCUGUAUUUAUCCAAUUCCACUGAAGUUGGUGAUGAAUUGAUUGCUGUUGAGAUUUUUUGGUGAAUUAACUUAUUGUGUGAUAUUUUGGUGGCGUGCAUACUUUUUUGCAGGUUUAUAAUUUUACAGAACAUUCCAUCUACACUUUGAUUUGUCUGUGCAUUUGCACUGCCUAACGCACUGUACAGAGACGGGAUCUAUCGUGUUACACUAACUGCUGUCUGCUGCACCGUUACAAGACAAUGCAUCUUCCUCCAUCAGUCCUGCCUCUUGCCGGCCACACCCACCCACCCUGAACACAAGUUUGUUGUCUUUCCGGACUAGCGGCUGCUGGCCCCAUCAGUCACCUCGCCAUUCACUUCCCCCAUCAUUUCCCCGUUGAUGGUGUUAAUUCAUGGGACAUCAUCGUGCGGUAUAGUGGCGCAGUGGGUCGAGCCGCUGCCUCACAGCGCCAGAGGCCAGGGCUCGACCUUGACCUUGGGUGCUGUCUGUGCGUGCAGUUUGCACGAUUUCCCUGUGACCGCAUGGGUUUCAAGUCGAGAGUCAAGAGAGUUUACUCGUGUGUCCCGGAUAAGACAAUGAAAUUCUUGCUUUGCUUCAGCACAACAGAAUAUAGUAGGCAUGAAUAUAGAACAGAUCAGUGUGUCCAUAUACCAUUAUAUAAAUAUAUACACACAUCAAUAAAUAAGCAGAUAAAGUGCAAUAAACAGGUAAUGGUCUAUUAAUGUUCAGAGAUUUGUUUCAGUUGAGUUUAAUAGCCUGAUGGCUGUGGGGAAGUAGCUAUUCCUGAACCUGGUUGUUGCAGUCUUCCGGCUCCUGUACCUUCUACCUGGAAGGUAGCGGGAGAUGAGUGCGUGGCCAGGAUGGUGUGGGUCCUUGAUGAUGCUGCCAGCCUUUUUGAGGCAGCAACUAUGAAAGAUCCUCUCGAUGAUAGGGAGGUCAGAGCUGAAGAUGGACUGGGCAGUGUUUGCUACUUUUUGUAGUCUUUUCCGCUCCUGGGCGCUCAAGUUGCCGAACCAAGCCACGAUGCAACCGGUCAGCAUGCUCUGUACUGUACACCUGUAGAAGUUAGAGAGAGUCCUCCUUGACAUACGACUCUCCGUAAUCUUCUCAGGAAGUAGAGGCGCUGAUGUGCUUUCUUAAUAUUUGCAUCAGUGUUCUCGGACCAGGAAAGAUCUUCAGAAAUAUGCACACCCAGGAAUUUGAAGCUCUUGACCCUUUCCACCAUCGACCCGUUGAUAUAAACGGGACUGUGGGUCCCCAUCCUACCCCUUCCAAAGUCCACAAUCAUUCCUUGGUUUUGCUGGUGUUGAGGGCCAGGUUAUUGCGCUGGCACCACAUGGACAGUCGUUCGAUCUCUCUUCUAUACUCUGACUCGUCCCCAUCAGUGAUAUGUCCCACAACAGUGGUGUCGUCAGUGAACUUGAUGAUGGAGUUCGCACUAUGACCGGGGGCUUUAGAAGGCACAUCGGUGUUCUCCCUAUCAAAGCAUGCGUAAAACGCAUUGAGCUUGUCAGGGAGUGAUGUUUCUCAGACAUUUGAGCUGCCUCCUGAUUUCGCCUUGUAGGAGGUGAUUGCAUUCAGGCCCCGCCACAGCUGGCGAAUAUCUGUCUCAUCCUCCAGCUUGCAGCAGCUGUCCCUUUUGGCCUUUUUGAUGGCCUUACCAAGGUUGUAUCUGGACUUCUUGUAGAUCACUGUAUCAUCAGACAUGAAUGCCCGGUGUCUGAUCUUCAGAAGAGUGCAGAUCUCAGAGUUCAUCCAAGGUUUCUGAUUGGGGAAACAUUCGGAAGGUUCAUCGUCCACUAUGAUGAUGCAUGGGUAUCCGGAAAACAAUUGCUCCAUAGAUUGUUGAAACACUUCAUCUGGCGGAACUUAUACCAAAGGGCAUUAUCAAACAUUUGUAGCGUCCGAACGGAGUACUGAAAGGUGUCAGCUUGGAGGAUUUAUGUUCCAGCAGAAUCUGACAGAAUGAACUCUUGGCAUCUAGCACUGUCAAUACAUUUGCAUCAGCCAUCUGCGCCGUAAUCUUGCCCACCAAAUGCAUUGGAUAACGUGGUCUCUUAAUUGCUGUAUUUAAGUCCUUGGGGUUAAUACAAAUCCGUAUCUCGCCUUUAUUCUUCUUAGUAGCGACAAGCAUUGAGGAGACCCAGUCUAAGGCUUCAGUUACGGGAGUAAUUACACCAAGAGCCAUCAUUCUGUUAAGUUCACUUUGUACACGAUCCCGCAUAGCAUGGGGAAUCCUGUGAGCAGUGUCUGGGUGGGUCGGUUCCUUUCUUGCAAGAGGUUUCUCUGGAAGUUGUCCUGCCUUUACAAAAGAGGUGGUGUUCGAGAAACCAGGCGUUGAGAGAGGGUGGGCAUUGGUGGUAGUCCUCCUUCCUUCCAAGGUAAUCGCCAGUUGUCGCAGGACCUGAUUGUGCCUCCAGGUGUAGCGGCCUUGUGUUUUACAGGCAGUGAGGCUGUGCCUUAAUGUUGCUGGGGUUUGGCAAAGAGAAUGUGAUGGAUCUUCUCCAAACCACUGGUUUAGGUUCUUGGGUGUGGGAAGAACAUCGUAGGUGGCUCUGAUGAUGAAGCUAAGACGGCUUCCUCCCAUCUCCCACAGAUCCUUCCAGGUAAGCUUACGAUGCUCCAGAGAGUCCACUGGCCCUGUUUGGACUGAGACUGCCUUUGCACAAUGCCCGGGUGUGUGCUAUGCAGUUCUUCAAGGAUUCUAGUCCGCAUCUCCAUAUUAUCUGGUAUGACCACUCGUGAUCCCCACAGGAUAACGUCAUCCUCCAUUGACAGCUCUUCUCUCUUGCUGGCAAAGGGCUUUAUUUUGGAAGAUUCCUUGCACUUGGCCACCCUUGCAUGAUGUGGUUCCUCACCUUUGAGAGGACUUUGUCCUUCCUGGUAGCUCUUUACACUUCCCGUGCCUCGGGGAGGGGUGUCUUUGAAAUGCAUGUGAGCUUACUCACAGAGACCUUCAGAGCUUCUUCACAGAUAUGGCUUCAAAACACAGUCUUUUGAUGAAUAAAUGCUUUAUUGUUGAUAGAAAACAGUAAGGUACAUUCAAAUAUCUUCUGACUCGUUGCUGCAAUCUUCAUCGAACUGUAGGUUGCUUUAAACAUUAACUCCUCGUGUCUCCACUACACUUCGCAUGGUCGAAGGGUUAACCUUCUCCCUACUCGCUCCAAACUACACUAAAAACUAGACUUCUGCGCAAGCAUCUUGGCUCCAACUACGCCCCAAAACACGUCAUAAAUCCCACCCACAAUAUAACGGGCAAUCUAAAAUUUAAAGAAGGCACAUGCUAUCAUCAAUGACAUGCAAAACAGGCCAAAUGGCCACUACAAUCUUUCCCACCACCGUAGUCGGGCUAACUGGUCUGUAAUUCCCCGUUUUUGCUCUCGCUCCUUUCUUGAAAAGUGGGGUAACAUUAGCUAUCUUCCAGUCCACAGGAACUGAUCCUGAAUCUAUUGAACAUUGGAAAUAUUUGGUAUUAUGCUUCAUUAUGGGCCAAUUCUGGAAUAUAUCGAAAAGCUUCAGAUUUUGUCGACGUAACUGGGAACAUUUACUACGUUUUAAGUUUAUACAAAAUAUUUCACUUUUUCCUUAACGAGGGCAGGAGAGGCGGGGGGGGGGGGGGGGGGGGGGGGGGGGAGGUUGAAAAGCGAAAGCAAGAAUAAUUGAACUGAUUAUCCAAUUAUCGGUUGGCCUUCAUUGCAAGAGGGUUUGAGUUUAAGAGCCAGGAGGUCCUACAUACCCAUUGUUGGUGUUGCUGCAACGUUUGCCUUCACUUACAGUAAGUGGUUUUAAAUUAUUGGUUGAGUUGAGUGGAGAAUGUUUACAUUAAUACACCAUGAAAGAAAUACUGCAUGUUGGUACGGGUUUAUCAAGGUUUCAAGGCCAGUUUAUUGCCACAUGUACUAAUUGAGGUACAAGUGUUUCCAAAUACACAGGGCAAGAUGUUAAAAGUCCAAAGUGCCAAAUAUCAACUUGCUCCCGGUGCUGAUGGGAGCCUUCUGCACUCACCUAUGCUCCUCCGAUGUUGAGAAAGGCUCGGCAGACACGUCAUUGGGGUUAUCAAGUGGGCACCUACUUUCAUCGACGUUUCGCUGAUUGAACCCACAACGUCUCCAGUAGGCUCAGUGGUGCAUUCUGGCAUCCCAGAACCACCCCCCUCUGCAUCUGUCUAGUCGGCUAUUUGGGAGACCAAAUGAGGUCUUUCCUCUUCAGCCAGAGCCACUGGCUACUCCGCUCUGCCACCCGUGAUGUUUCUUUGAUGGCCUGGCGUAGGUAGGGCUUGUCCGCUGGUCCCCAGGUCCUUCAUCAGUCUUACGGUUGAUGUUGCCAUAUCAUUCUGCUCCAUAGCCAUAGAGGAUGUCUCUCAUCUUGUCAAGCUUUCUUUUGACUGUACCCCCUUACACCCUGUAGGAUACUGGUCAGGUCUGCAUUCUGAAAUAAACUAUGGGACAAACUAUAAAACAUAUUCAGUUCCAAUCAGUCUAACAAUAAAGGUUGCAUGUAGAAACAAGGCCACCUGAGGUUGGUUUACAAAGAAAGGGCAGAAAGUGCUGGAGUAACACAGGAAGGCAGCAUCUCUGGAGAUAAUUGAGAGGUUGCAUGGUACUUCUCAAAGAGGUUCAGCAAUCAUAGAAAGUAGGUGCAGUUGCAAAUUCCCACCUUCAAGCUACUGCUCACCCGUGCCACCGCUCCGACUUCAAUCUCCUGGCGCCAAAAACCUAUCACGCCCUAACGUGUGUGUUGAAAUCAAAGAUACUAGAGGAGCAAGAUAGACCACUAGGCGAAAGAGCCGUAGUUGGUCAUGAGCCUCAUGGGUCAUUUCUGGUUACAGUAUUAACACCAGUUUUGUAAUACUGCAUUGUCUUUGAAUUUUGUAUUAAUAACUAAUCUGCAGCCAAUAAUACCAGCAAUUUUGCCAUGUUUUCUUCUAUUGUGCUAUCAUAGCCAAGACAAACUGAUAUUCACUUGCCGUAUCUUUGUUUAUAGUGUUUCCACCUCAGUAUUUCCUUUUUUGUAUUUGUACAGUGACUGUGUGAAAAUAAUGUUGCGAUAAAUUGAUUGUAACUAAUAAAAAAUGCUUUUAACCAAG